CAAGAUGCUCCUAGGUGUAUUAUUUUUAUUUUUAAUUUCAAACUGUUAUGCAGUUCAAAAUUUAAACGAAGUAUGUUCUAUUUUGUCAAUUUGUGACAAUAUUGUAUUAAUAAGAUCACAAGUGGCGGAUAUUCGCGAGGAGCAAGAACGUCAGGCAAAUAUUUUGGAAGGUUCUGCUCUAUCUCUUGAGUCUGCAAAAGUACCAAAGAAUUUAAUCACCAAAACUAAUGACGAAGUGUGUUCUAUUUUAUCAAUAUGCAACAAUCUAGCAGCUUUAAGCUCGGAGCUGGCUGCAGUGCGGGCGGAGCAAGAGCGUCAGGGAGAUCUUUUGGAGGAGUCUUGUAAAACAGAAACCGAUUCCGUUCCCGCAAAUUGUUACGAGGCGUUGAAAGACUCUCAGAUAAGCGGCGUUACUGAAAUCCUUGUCCCAGAGUACAGUAAGAACUCCUUUGAGGUGGCCUGCGAUCAGGAGAGUCAUGGCGGAGGGUGGACAAUUAUCUUAAGGCGAACUGAUGGCAGCGAGGACUUCUUCCGUGAAUGGAAGGACUACGAAGAGGGCUUUGGUCACGUGCACAAUGAAUACUUCGUGGGAUUGGCCAAGCUGCAUGCAUUGACCUCUUCGGUUCGCCAGGAACUUCUGGUCAUCGUAGAGGACGAAGCAGGAGAACGCUACGAGAUAUACGACAAUUUCAGAAUCGGGGGAGAGGCCAACAAUUACACCUUGGAAUCGCUGGGAUAUUAUUCUGGCACCGCAGGUGACGCUCUCAAAUAUCACGAGGGAAUGCAAUUUUCCACCAAAGACCGCGAUAACGACAUGGCUAUAGAUAUGAACUGUGCGGAAGGAUUUUCUGGUGCCUGGUGGUACCAUUAUUGCUUUAAUAGCAACUUGGCUGGUCUUUACGACAACGAGUAUCGCCUAGGAUACUUACGCUGGAAUACCCCGAACUUCAAUAAAGCAUUAAAGACGGCAAUUAUGAUGAUAAGGCCCAAAGCUAGUACCCUCUGAGGAUAACACCUCUGUGUGUACCCUGAAAGAGUAUAAUAAAUAAUAUAUUCUUUACAGUUUUUUAUUUAAAUUGAUUGCUUUAUCUCGAUCAUUGAGAAUUUCCAGUAAAUUUUUAAUUCAAAAUAUUGGCAUAGAAUUUCUAGGGCUCAGUUAAUUAUUUUUUUGGGUUACAGAAUUAGAAUACCCUC